UGGCCAGUGGACAAAAGGACAAGCAGGUAGGUAUAUAGAGAGAUAGCAGACAGGCUGACACACAGCAGAAACUCUGACAUCCACAUAGAGGAUCCAGCAGACAAAGAGACAAGGUGAGAAGGGGACAGACAGACACAAAGGAGAUGACACACGGGGGUGGGGAACGGGAGAGGAUGGGCUUCCCUGAAAAGGAGGAAGACAGGGCAGAGGUGGGAGGGACAGGGAAAGAGUGGAAGGUGGGUUGAUAGGGAAAACAGCCAUCUUCUGAGAACCUUCACCUUUCCUCCAGAUCUUGGUGGUAGCCCCACCAUGGGGUCCAGCAUCUUUUUGCUUCUAUGUCUUAUCGGUGAGUUCUCCCAGGGGUCUGGGGCUUGGUCCCACAAAGAGACCCUCAUCUCCCCAUCUCAGCUCUGGGUCCCAGCCUGGUUUUGAAGAGGGGAGGGAAGUCCCUCUGCCUCCAGCCCUUGGGGUCAUACUUAUCUUUGUCUCUUUAUAUUUGAUCCAUCUCUCUUUCUAUCUCUGUCAUUGUCUCGAAUUCCUGUGUCUCUGAAUCUAUUUCCCUCCUGUCCUUAAGCAUCUGCCUCUCUAGCUCUGUUUCUUUCUCCUCUUUUCUGUGUCUGUCUUGGUGUUUCGCUGUGUCAUUUUCUGUACAGCACUGAGUCUUUACAUCUCCCUGCCUCUGUCUUUCUCUUGCCUAUUUUUCUCUCUGCCUAGGGCUUUCUCUUCCUUGUUUCUCUCUCUUCCCUGUUUUCCUGUUGCCUGUUUCUCUAUCUUUCUCUCUCUCCAUCCUUCUGUGUCUAUCCCUGAGCCUUCUUAUCUCAAAUCCACAAUCUCUAUGUCCCUGACCCUAUCUUUCUGAUUUGUCCCCAGGACUCAGUCAGGUGGCCACACUUCAGAUUUACAAUGGUACCGAGUGUGUCCCUAACUCACAGCCUUGGCAGGUGGGCUUGUUUGAGGGCAACAGCCUGCGCUGUGGUGGUGUCCUCAUUGACCGCAGGUGGGUCCUCACAGCUGCUCACUGCAGUGGCAGACCCAUUCCCGGACCGGCUUCAGUGCCUCAACCUCUCCAUCGUCUCGGAUGCUGCCUGCCGUGCAGCGUACCCAGGGAGAAUCACAGACAACAUGGUGUGUGCCGGCGGCAUCCCCGGGGAGGACGCCUGCCAGGGUGACUCUGGGGGCCCCCUGGUAUGCGGAGGAGUCCUUCAGGGCCUGGUGUCCUGGGGGUCCGUGAGGCCUUGCGGGAAAAAAGGCAUUCCAGGAGUCUACACCAAGAUUUGCAAAUAUGUGGACUGGAUUCAGAAUAUCAUAAGGAACAACUGACCUGCUCAUUCCACCUCUACCCUCAGGUUGGGGGCCACUCAUCAA